AUGUCUGGGUUCGAAAUCACAGGUGUGGUGCUUGGGUUAUUCCCGAUCGUCUGCGAUUGUGCUAAAGACUUGAGUGGUGUUGCAAAGGACGCUCAGUCUUGGUGGCAGUUCCAGAAAUCGUUUGACGACUUCAUCAGGAGACUUAACACAGAUCGUAUAUAUUUCGAUCAAGUCAUUCUGGCUCUAUUGGAUCUGCUGCAAGGGCUUUCAAAUUAA